AUGUCUCUCACUCACUACGAGAUCGAAGUCGUCACCGGGCUUGAAAGGGUUGGCUCUGCCUUGUCACUAGUUGGAGUCACUUUAAUCUUCAUCACCUACUGGAAGUUCAAGCGCAUUCGAAGCGUGCCGAAUCUCUUCAUCGUCUUCGCUUCAAUCGCCAACGUCGGCGCCAGCGUCGCGUGCGCCAUUGGCUACGAGGGACUCCGUAUGGGCGAGACUUCCGCUUUGUGUCAGGCUCAAGCAUUCUUGCUCGAAAUGUUCAUGCAAUCCGAUCCAUGGUGGUCUUUCGCCAUGGCCGUCAACGUUUACCUCGUCUUCUUCGCAGGCGCCAACCCUUCCUCCUUUCGUGAAUAUCUUUGGGUCUACUGCGCCGUCUGCUUCGGCUUCCCCCUGGUUCCGGCUCUUGUCUGUCUCUUCCUUCGUCCACACGGUCCAAAUGAUUACAUCUACGGCAAUGCAACAUUGUGGUGCUGGAUAAACAAAAAAUGGGGCGAUCUUCGCAUCUUCACCUACUACAUACCCAUCUGGUUUUGCGUGCUCGGCUCGAGUGUGAUUUACUUCGCUGUCGGCUACCAUGUUUUCCACCACCGCAAUCAACUUCACAAUCUCACCUUCAGCAACAACGGAUGCGACGGCAAGGAAAUGACUUGUUCGGAUGAGCGGGAUUCUGCUGAAAAGGUAUCCUACCUCUCUCGCACAGGCACUCGAGAUGACUGUCCUCUCGUUGACACUCGUCAGAAUCUUACGGGCCGUACCGAGUUUUACGGGACCGCUGUCACGGAGGUGCAAAUAACUACCAUGACGCCGAAGCCUUGGACACCCCAGCCACCACCCGUAGCCAUGACAAAGGUCACGGCUGGUGAUCAGCAGCCUCGACACCAGCGAUCAUGGCGCACAAGCGAAGAUGACGGCUCCCCCGGUCCUCGAUUCGAGACCACUUGCACAUCCGACCCACCCCCACCGAAGCCGCGCCUUUCCGUAUUCCAACGAAUUGGGGGCGUCAGAAGCAAAUUCUCCAGCAGACUGCAGCGUCUUGAUCCCGUAAAGCUUGCAUAUCUUCGAACCAGUUUCAUAUUUGCCAUCUCGGUGCUGGUGACCUGGACACCGAGCUCGAUCAACAGAGUCUUCAACAUGAUCAGGCGUGAUGAGUCUCACUUUGGUCUGAAUGUCGCCAGCGCUACGGUACUACCCCUUCAGGGUGUCUGGAACGCCGUUAUUUUCUUCAUGACCAGUUGGACGGUAUUCAAGGAGGAGUGGAAAGACAUGCGCGGUCGCCACCAGGUCCGGCUUGGAAGCUGUGGCGAAGAUGGUCUACAUGGCGGUCUGAGAAUCGAGGUGCUACGAGGUGACCAACAGGAUCGGUUCAAGAGUGGUCGUUACGGACAUACGAAGACACUCGGCAGCGACCAGACGAGUGACAUUGAGUUGACGCCUCCCUCGGGCGUUGGCAACGUUCGAGCAAUGCGAGGUUCGUUCAGUAUAUGA